UUGGAGCUCAUUUCGAGUCCCACAACCACGCGCCCAGGGACUUCGACUCAUCAACCACUCGUCGACGCAACGCCGUCGGCAUCGAUCAAAAGCGCCUCAUCCACUUUUUCCAAGCGCCCGUGGAUGUCGUUGCGCAAUGACCGAUAAGCUCCCACCCAACCUUCUCGCGUUGUUCGCCGCGCGCCCUCCCUUGAAAUGGCUCGACCCCCCAGACCACGCGCCCGAAAAGCGCGUGACGUCGGCCAUUGACAGCGUGAGCUCGUACAUGCCAGCACUACAGAAGUACAAGGAAGAGGAUGUCUACCAUCCGACGGAGAGUUGGCUGGAGAGGAAGGAUAGGAAAAAGCAGGAGAUGAAGGCCAAGCUUCAAUACCAGAAGGACAACCUCGCCACACUCUACAAGCCAAACGAAGAUCCCAACAUCCGUGGCGAUGCUUUCAAGACUCUUCUCGUUGCACGACUAAGCUACGAGGCUGACGAGCGUGACUUGGAACGGGAGUUCGGGCGCUACGGUCCCAUCGAACGUAUCCGUAUCGUCAAAGACACUCAUGCGCAUGAGAAGCCCAACAAGAAGGCAAAGCCACACAGAGGCUAUGCCUUUGUUGUAUUUGAGCGCGAAAAAGACAUGCGAGCGGCUCUAGAUUCCUGCGAUGGCAUGCGCAUCAAGGGUCGAGAAAUCAAGGUCGAUGUCGAGCGUGGACGUACAGUCCGCGCGUGGGUACCCCGUCGUUUUGGAGGUGGUCUGGGCGGACGGAACUACACCAAGGUUGCCAGUCGGCCUGCUAUGGGAGGAUAUGGCGCUCCCGGCGGCGGCUAUCGUGGAGGAUUUAGAGGAUUCGACAGUGGCCGUGGCCGAGGAGGCGCCCGAGGCGGAUUCGGCGGAGGUCGUGGUGGUGGCGGCUUCCGACGAGAAGGCGGCUUCGGCGAUCGAGGUGGCGACCGCGGCUACGGUCCCCCGAGCGGCGCUCCCUCCGGUCCAGGUGGCUACGACCGCAGGAAUGGAGACCGCGGAUCUUCAUAUGGUGGGUAUGACCGCGAUGGCGGGCGCUCAUAUGACAGACGCGACAACCGAGACAGCGGCCGCUUCGGAGGACGCGACAAUCGACGAACUGGAGGCAACAUGGAACCCGUGGGCGAGGGGCGUCGUGGACGUGACGAUCGGCCCCAGCGCGACUUUGACCGGCCUCGCGAAGGUGAGAGCAGAAAGCGUGGUUACGACGACGACUACAACGAUUCGCGCAAGAUGCCUCGAUACUAGACAAGCCACGAAAAUUCUCGGUGGGUGGUUCGGUCUCCUUGCGUUCCGAUUCUUUCCCCUACUUCGCCAAAGGGUAAGCAGCCACCAGCCACAGCCGAGAAUCACGGGAGUAUUGUGACCACCACUCCCAUAUCGCAUCCAAGCACGGCAUUAUCCGUGCUGUUGUUGAAGCGCAAGAAAACGUUUGUGUUCAAAACAUCCGCACACGACCAAGGAUCAUUGUGGGGGUGGGCAUCUGAAAGGUAACGAGCCCUGCAAUUGUACAUGAAAUGGAACAAGGCAGGUAUCUGGGAGCGGCUGUGGCUGGUUUCUGUUUGGCUUAGCAAGAUUCUGUGAGGUCAAAGGUAAGCUGUGGCCUACUUAUACCGACAAUUUGAGUGUAGCAGUAGUAUCUUCAUCAGUUUUCAGUAGAUACAUGCCAUGUGUACUUUGUUGCGAGCAGGAAGCAUCACUUUGUAAACCAU